GACGCCUCGGCUUCUCUUGGUGCUCCGACUCCUCCGAGUGUGUCCACGGCGACGCCGCCUGUCUUGCCUCGCCCGACUGCGGCCCCGCCGCCCCCGCCGGCCCCAGUGGCAGCCGAGAGGCCGGUGGGAAGGAUUCUUCGGCCAGCAACUUGGCAGCACAGAAUAUUGUGCCUGGGCGGAUGCGCGUCUUUGGGUGCAUCAAAGCUGAGGACACCGAGAUUCCAGACACCUGGGAGGAGCUCGAAACCAGCAGCGUGAGCACGAAGGCUCCCAGCUCGGAGGAGGACUCAAGAGCAAGGAGUCGUUUGCACAAAGAUUUGCAGAAUCUGAACAAGGCUGUGGCCAAGUGGCAGAGGCAUGGUGAGAAGGACAUCGUUGAGCGAAUCAGGAGCUCCAGAGCGGCCCUGCGACUCCGAGAGCGGGAAGACUUCGAUGAGGAGCGCUUCGUUCAAAGCGGAUGCUCUGUCGCCGAGAACGUGCCUGAGGACGUUUGCCCCACUCAGAAGCUUGCCGAGGAGCUGUGCCCUACGCAGCAGUUGCUUGAGGAAGUCGAGGAGCCCGCACCAGCUGUGCACAAGCUGGAUCCUGGCUUUCUCCCGGAGAAGGCACAGGCCUACAGCCGGAAGUCUGCGAAGCGUCGAGGAAGGGAUUCUGCCGAUUCUGCCUCUUCAGGCCUGAAAAAAGCUGCGGAGAAAGUCGCUUCCGAGGUGCAACCGGUGCAACCUGUGCCAAGGGCUCGAGACGCGAGGCUGAGUUUUCAGCAGAUGGUUUCUUUGGGUCGCCGGCUGCGCGGCAAGCAGCCAACGAUCGAAAGACAUGAGGCCUUCGCAUGCGAUGCUGCCGGGGACGAGUCGAAGGAACCGGGGAAGCUUGAGGCCAAGUUUCAGCCGGAGGUGCGUGAAGCUGAAGAGCCCCUGGCCCUCGAGGAGGCUCCAGACGGAGCUGCUGCAGCGGACUCGGCAGAGCCGGAGCUCGUGGACUUGAAGGCCAAGGCUGGUUGGAACUGCGAGCUCCAAUCUCUCUCAUGUCCAGGACCAGAGGACAAGAAGCAUUCUCCUGUGCACUCCGAGCACCGCGAGCCAGUGGACUGCCCCGAGGCUCGCGACAAGCGUCCGCAGCGCUGGAGGUGGGUGAAGGCCCAGAAAGUCGCAGACUAG